CUGCACCUGUCUGGUACUGCGCGAGAUUCCCGAUGGCUUGCGAUUGAUCACCUGCCUAUUGGUACCACAGCAUUUCCAGUCACCAGGAUUUUCAGCCCUCAUCACACCAUCCCAAAGCGAAUGUCAAGUGGGAGUCCAUUUCGGAAGUUGAAAAUGGGAGAGGAUAAAAGACAAGUAGAACUGAAGGACAAUAUUUCGUCUGCACAUAUUAUCUAGGCAUGUGAACAUGCCUGAGCGCAGUACGAUUGCGACGCUACGUGGUCUUUCUGUGCGUAACGAAGCACUAGUUGCGUCUGCAGGAUCAACAACAAAUCCUCCUAGUCCGGUACUUUGCGACAGAACCGAUGGGUGGCGUUGGCUGAACGUGGUUCCAGGAACCGGUUGGGACAAUUUGGUCAACGAAGAGCGCGGACCGACAGUCACGACAGAUGCGUACUCUAAAUGUCUACGUUCCGUUGAUGGUCGAUUCCUCGUGCCUGAUGGAAUGACUGUGGAAUUCACCAAAUCAUCACAGGUGGAUCUCACAUCGGAAGUGGUCGAUUCAAUGAGCACAUAUAAAUCGCUAACCGCAUCCUCUGUUAAUUCAGCCACCGACAUCGGAUAUUCUUACUUCCACAUCAACGGCGAUUUCUCAUUUGAGAAAGAAAGUCUUCGACAGAAGUCAGUAAGUCGACUGACACGUGUGUGA